CACACACACACACACACACACACACACACAUAGACACACACAGACACACACAGACACACACACACACAUAGCACGUCCAGUUUCUUGUGCUACUCGGACUAAUAAACUCCACAUUUUGUCUACAUUAUGGCCUCAAAUCGUGGUAUUAAUCUUAAGAAAGAACGGUUACAAUUCCAGAAGAUACAGAACAAGGAUGUGAGACCAGCCCAGCACAGAGGGGUGUUCUGGAUGGCUGGACUGUGUCUCGGUUCGAUGUGUAUUCUUCAGGCGACUCUGAACAUCGUCCUGAGACUGCACUCUGAUCCUCAGGCAGAGAGCAAUGAACUAGAUUGUUACAAUCAAACCGUAAAGAGAGACGAGCUGCUGAUUAGAUACAACAACCUGACUUUAGAGAGAGACGAGCUGCUGAUUAGAUACAACAACCUGACUUUAGAGAGAGACGAGCUGCUGACUAGAUACAACAACCUGAAGGUAGAGAGAGACGAGCUGCUGACUAGAUACAACAACCUGAAUGUAGAGAAAGGUGACAUCAGUGUCAACAGCAAACAGAUGAUUGAGUAUUUAGAGAAAGAAAAAGACCACCUCCAAAACAGGUUGGAUGCUUUUGAUACACAGGAGAGGAAAAGAUGGACGCAAUUCGGCACCAGUGUUUACUACAUCUCGGUAAGGGGGAGCUGGACUGAGAGCAGACAGGACUGCACAGACAAAAGAGCGGACCUGGUGAUCAUUAACAGCAAAGAGGAACAGGAUUUCAUCAACACGCAGCUUGGCAGUAGUCCUGCUUGGAUUGGUCUGAGUUACAAUCGUGCAUGGAAAUGGGUGGACGGUACACCACUGAGCGCCGGGUACAGGAUGAACGAGGCACUCAGGAGUUAUGGAACAGCCAUGAAAUGUGCAAUAACUGUCCAACAGGCAGAUGGAAAGCAGCGCUGGACUGAUAAUAACUGUAAUGGGCAGUUUGUUUGGAUUUGCGAGAAAAAACAAGCAAAGUUCAUAUCUGUGUGAUAUAAAGUAAAUCAAUCACAUUCUAAUGACAUGUUCAGUGUUGCUAAUGGCAUAAUGUAUAGUACAUAAUGCAUAGUGUCAUAAUGCAAAUCAUUAGCAUGUAGUUCAAUAUUUAUGUAGCAGCAGAUAAGAAACCUGCUUAAAUAUCAUCCU